ACAUCUCAUCUCUUCUCGUGCUGCUUUCAUUUUUUCCCCUCAUUUUCUCUCUCUAGCACGAGAGUUUCCCCUUUCUUGUUCCUGGUACUUUCCUGCCCUCCCUUCUUCAUCGUCGUCUUCCUCUCUCCUCUCCCUCCCUCUCGGAACCCUAGCCUAAACGUUUCCUUCCGUCGGAUAUGAGUCCACGAAGAGAUCUCUUCUGUUUAUGGUAUCCCCUCGCGCUGCUCUACAGUGCCAGUUGGGCUUCAGCUGGAGAUAUAGUUCACCACGACGACACGCUUCCGAAGAGACCUGGCUGCGACAACAAUUUUGUGCUGGUCAAAGUACCAACUCGAGUUAAUGGCGUAGAAGCUGUGGAGUAUGUUGGUGUUGGGGCUAGGUUUGGCCCAACUUUGGAAUCGAAGGAGAAACAUGCUACUCUUACCCGACUUGCUAUUGCAGAUCCCCCUGAUUGCUGCAGCAGACCAAAAAAUAAGCUCACUGGAGAGAUCAUUCUUGUCCAUCGUGGUAACUGUAGCUUCACUACCAAGGCGAACAUUGCAGAAUCAGCUGGUGCCUCGGCCAUGCUUAUCAUAAACAACAGUACAGAGCUUUUCAAGAUGGUCUGUGAAGAUAAUGAAACUAACUUGGACAUACACAUUCCUGUUGUUAUGCUGCCUUUUGAUGCCGGCCGAAAUCUGAAGAGCUAUAUGAACAAUAACGAUUCAGUUACUUUGCAACUGUACUCACCAAAACGCCCAGCGGUUGAUGUGGCUGAGGUGUUUCUAUGGCUUAUGGCUGUCGGUACGAUCUUAUGUGCUUCUUAUUGGUCAGCAUGGACCGCCAGGGAAGCAGCUAUUGAGCAGGAUAAGUUGCUAAAGGAUGGCUCAGACGAACUUUUGCAGUCAGCAACCACCAGCUCUAGAGGUGUUGUUGAUGUCACCGUGAUAUCAGCAAUUUUGUUUGUAGUGGUUGCUUCGGGUUUCCUGAUCAUGCUUUACAAGCUGAUGUCCUUCUGGUUUAUCGAAGUAUUGGUGGUACUCUUCUGCAUUGGUGGUGUAGAGGGCCUGCAAACUUGUUUGAUUGCUUUGCUCUCAUGUCUCAGAUGGUUUCGCCGCAUCGGAGAAUCAUAUGUCAAAGUUCCGCUCCUGGGGGCAGUGUCAUACUUGACUUUGGCUGUCUGUCCCUUUUGCAUAACUUUUGCUGUGGUAUGGGCAGUUUACCGCGACGUCUCUUUUGCUUGGAUAGGACAAGAUAUCCUUGGAAUCUCAUUGAUAAUCACGGUCCUUCAAAUUGUUCGUGUGCCUAAUCUAAAGGUUGGGUUUGUUCUUCUCAGCUGUGCCUUCAUGUAUGACAUCUUCUGGGUCUUUGUUUCGAAAUGGUGGUUCCGUGAGAGCGUGAUGAUAGUUGUAGCCCGUGGUGACAGAAGUGGAGAGGAUGGUAUCCCGAUGCUUCUGAAGAUCCCACGCAUGUUUGAUCCAUGGGGUGGCUACAGCAUCAUUGGAUUUGGCGACAUCAUCUUACCCGGACUGCUUGUAACCUUUGCUUUGAGAUAUGACUGGCUGGCGAAUAAGAGUCUGAAAUCAGGGUACUUCGUGGGAGCAAUGACAGCUUAUGGUUUCGGUCUCCUCGUCACAUAUGUUGCGUUGAACUUGAUGGACGGACAUGGGCAGCCGGCUUUGCUUUACAUCGUCCCAUUUACGCUUGGUACUCUCAUUUUAUUAGGGCACAAAAGAGGGGAUCUCAAAACUCUCUGGACAAUAGGGGAGCCUGACAGACCGUGCCCUCAUGUUCGGCUCCAACCGUCCCAAUCAUAAUAUUAUCAAGUAGCAAAGCAGUUGGUUGUUUAUAUUAACAGCUUUUAGGUCAGGGAUUUGACAAAAAAAAAAAAGGAUCCUUUUGUCAUAUUUCAUUUUCCCCUUCAACAUCAAUGUUUGUAACGAGUCCUCGUUCUACACAUCAUUACAUA